AUUCAUGUCUCCCGAUAGAAAUCAUCGUUUUCAGCAAAAUAUGCGUACUCAACGUUCGCGGGUACGGGGCUUGCUGGAUUACAACAGCACUUUCUAGGUUUACUAUUUUCCCCAUGGACGCGGCCCUGUUUUCCCCAUUUCCUUUUCCGACAACAUGGCAACGACAAGUGUCCGCAUUCUUCCAGACCCACACAUACUUGCAAUUGAUAGUCCGACGAAGAAUUACAGCAAAAUUGAUAUUAUUACUAUGCGAUGGGCAUUGGGCGGGUGUGGAUCUGCGGACGGUUAGUUUAGACCGCACUUUGUCCUCGUUGCCCCUACGGCUCGAGAUUGUGUAUUACGACGUGUUGCACUACCGAAUGGGUUGUUGUUUCAACUGUUCGCGUAGCGGGAUAGUUUUCGUUUCCCGAUAACUCCGUAUCGCACAAGUCAUACGACACCACGCCUCGCGCUUUUGGUAUUGCUAUCUUCACAGCUUUGUUUCAGGUUGGAUUUAUGGAUCGAACUUCCAGUCGACUUGUUCAAAAUUGUAUGUAUAGUACUACAGAAUGAAUAUAACUCCUAUUGCUGAGCAGGGGCAGUUAAAAUUUUGCAGCAGGGAGGAAAAUCGCCCACGCCGAAAAGUUUUUCACAUUUUUCAAACUUUUUAAAGCUGUUGCGAUUUGCGAAAUCGUUCACCGCCCAACGGCCAACGGCAACCGGCCACAUCGCAAACGGCCAACGGCCACAUCGCAAACUGCCAACGGCCAGCGGCCAACGGCCAAAUCGCAAACGGCCAGCGGCCAAAUCGCAAACGGCCAGCGGCCAAAUCGCAAACGGCCAACGGCCAAAUCGCAAACGGCCAACGGCCAGCGGCCAAAUCGCAAACGGCCAGCGGCCAAAUCGCAAGCGGCCAGCGGCCAAAUCUAUCGCAAACGGCCAACGGCCAAAUCGCAAACGGCCAGCGGCCAAAUCGCAAACGGACAAAUCGCAAACGGCCAGCGGCCAAAUCGCAAACGGCCAACUGCCAAAUCGCAAACGGCCAACGGCCAACGGCCAAAUCGCAAACGGCCAGCGGCCACGCCGCAACUCGCAAAAUAUUUUGCAACUCCAAACAUUCUGUGGCUUCAAAGAUUUUGCGAUCAAAAUAUUUCGCAAAUCCAAAUAUUUUGCGACGCACGACAUUUUUUGGGUUUGCGACUCCAAAUAUUUUGCAGCUUCAAAUAUUUUGCGCCUCGAAAUAUUUCGCAAGUCCAAAAAUUCCGCAAGUCCAAAAAUUCCGCAAGUUUAAAAAUUUCGCAAGUCCAAAUAUUUUGCGCCGCAAAAUAUUUUGCGGUCCGAAAUGUUUCGCGACCCAAAAAAUUUUGCAAUCCCCGACAAAUAUUCUCAUCAGGAGAAAAUAUUUUGCAACAAACUCCCGAAAGCCUGUCUCCCCGGUUUCACAGCUUUGAAAGCGAAGACCGCGAAGGGGGCGGGGAGCAUGGGGGGAGUGGAGAGCACGGGGAAGGCGAAAGGCACGGGAAAAACGUGAAGAACCGGAAAGGCGGGGCGGAGGCUAGCAAGCGGCGCCCACGGGGAAAGCGGGAAGCACGGGGAAAGCGGGAAGCACGGGGAUAGCGGGAAGCACGGGGAAAACGGGAAGCACUUACAGGGAAAACGGGAAGCGCGGGGAAAGCGGGAAGCACGGGGAAAACGGGAAGCACGGGGAAAGCGAGAAGCACAGGGAAAACGGGAAGCACGGGGAAAGCGGGAAGCACGGGGAAAGCGGGAAGCACGGGGAAAGCCAGCGGGAAGCACGGGGGGCGCUGGAAGCAGGGGGGAAACGGCAAGCGCGGGGAAAGCGGGAAGCACGGCGGCAGCGGGAUGCACGGCGGAAGCGGGAAGCACGGGGAAAGCGGGGGGCAAGGGGGAAGCGGGAAGCACGGGGAAAGCGGGAGGCACGGGGAAAGCGGGAAGUAUAGGGAAAGCGGGAAGCAUAGGGAAAGCGGGGAGCACGGGGGAAACGGGAAGCACGAGAAAGGCGGGGGGCACGGGGAAGGCGGGAAGAACGGGGGAAGCGGGAAGCACGGGGAAAGCGGGAAGCACGGGGAACCGGGAAACACGGGGAUAGCGGGAUGCCAGCACGGGCGGGGGGCGCAAAGAAGGCGGGGGGCACGGGGGGGGAACGCCGCCGGCGGCCAAGCCCCAGGCGAGCAGCUGCCCACCACCCUCCCCCGGCGCCCUCCCUCUGUUCGCGAAGGGAAAGCCGCGCCCCGGCGCCAGGUUUGCAGGCGGGCAGCUGCCCACCACCCUCCCCCGGCGCCCUCCCUCUCUCUGCUCACGAGGAGACCGGCAGAGGGCGCCACCGUCCGCCGCCUCUGUCUUGGACGGUGCGCGCAAGGGAAGCAGGCGGGGGCUGAGCAGUCAGAUUACUGCAUGCGAGCUAGCGCGGGGGGCGCCGCUGUCGUCCGGGGGUGGGCCCCUGCGCCUGGAAGGCAGCCAAUGAAUGCCCCGCCCCGGCGCCCGUGCUGCCUCCAUCCACGCGCGCGACAGGGAGGCGCCCCCGCUCUGCAAGGCUGUGCGCGGGGGAAGGCCGCGGGGGGCACAAAGGCGCGCAGGGGCAGCCGGGGCACAAAGGCAAACGGCACGAGUGGGCCACGCCCGCCGCAAACGCGCGGGCAUGGCGUCGCGCGCCAACGCCUCGCAUGGCGCGGGCUGUCCCCCUGCUUCCUUCCCCCGUCCACUGGCGCCCGCCCGCUGCCGCGCUUUGCGUUGUUGCUUGGGCCUAAGGCUUGCCGCCACGCAAAUGCGCGCCCCAUGCGGGUGGGGUCCUCGCGCUCGCGAAGAGACUGGAACCACGGGCGCCAUGGCGCUCCGCCUUCGUUCUUUCAGCAAGAAGCGGCGCAGAUGCCUGGCCCCGCCCUGCAUUAAAAAUUUUUUCCCUUGCCCACCCUCUGACGAUUUUCCUUCCCCCCUGUCCACUCGUUCACCCUCCCACUACGCGACAUAAGCUGCGGCCUUGUAAAAUUAUGACUGUCUAAAGCAGGUGCAGGUGGCAAGUAGGUGACGUAUCUCUUGCUUCUCCUUUCUCCUGUCUUUUUUUAUUUCUUUGAGUUUUUUGAUUGAACUUCGCGGGCACCGCCCCGGCGGAAUGAAAAAACACCCUUGUUUUUUGAGAAUAUAGAAAAUCAAAAACGCACCGGUGCGCAGAAAAAAAUGCAUUAUGUCUGGACUCUUUUGACGUUCUGGAUCUGGGAAUGGAUAGCAGCUACAAGAGCGAAUAUAUGCUUUGCACCAGCCUUCAAUUAUACAAAAACUUGCCACAUCCACUAUUUCUAUUUCCUUUCAUUUUGCGAAAUGAAUCACGAUAGUCGCCCUCCUGGCCUUUAUGCAGUUUUUGCAAGCACGCAGAUGCACUUGCACACACGCAUACACACACCACACCUCGAUUCUUUCCUGCCUUUCGGAAUCGGAGGGUAUCAAUCAGUUUUUUGCUAUAGAUUUGCGCCGACCUGCUCGCUUUAGCGGUAGUUCUAUUUUUGCGAAAAACAGAGAGAACAAGCGAAGAUCGCAAAAAGAUGGCGAAGUACUGCCAAAUCUAUUGCACUCUGAUCAGGAAGGACAUCUUCACAACCGAGUUGCUUUUGGCCAAACUGUAAAAUGCAUUUUCAGCGAAGGACAGCGAUAUGAUCCGGUGCUUCGCUUCCUUCAAUCGCGCGUGUAGACAAUAAAGAUUGAAUGAAGAUCUUGGGUCCAGUCUUUCAUUGAGUAGUGCAAAACGCAACACUGAAAACCGCCACACCCCGGGAUGGCACUGUCAUCAGUGCAUGAUAGAUGGAUGCACGAUAGGCGGCAGAGACGCACGCGCAGCCCGUGCAAAUCCAAAUUUCCAACAAGAAAUUAUCAAACCGAGUCUACGCCUGCACUUUCCUGAUUGUUUUUUGGACAAGCACAAGUGUUGAUUUGGAACUGAAUCGGCCACGAGACAGAACAUGAGUAAAAUCGCGCCUGUUGUAGUCCUUAUAUAUUUUGAUAUUUCCACCUGUUUCACGAGGUCGUGGCUCUCGAAGCAGUUGCGUCAACGUAUUCGUCUGGUUGUGGUUUCGAAGCUAUUUAGUACACGACUCGGUCCCAGAAGCGGGAGUAAAUCACCGCAGUGUGCGCUGGCUCUAAUGCUUUACUCAAACUUCUACAUGUGCUGGAGUUUGUAUUGUAGUACAUCAAGACCGGAUUUGUGUCGACC